AUGUACAAGAUGCACUUCUUAGCCUGCGUUGCACUAACUCUCGCAUUCAUCGUAGACGGUGCGCCCACCUCCGGCUCCCGCAGGGGUGCCGGGCAGAAGCUGGCGGACAUCGAGGAGGACUUGCAGAAGCUUCUGAAAGGGGUCCACAAUUACAAGAACCAUGAACACUCCACGAUGCUCACGUUUAAGUUUUACAUACCCAGGAAGGUCACAGAAUUGAAACAUCUGCUGUGUCUAACAGACGAACUCAACCCUCUGAAGGACGUGCUAAAUUUAACUCAAAGAAAAACCUUCCACUUGGAAGAGAUGGUGCGAUCAGUGGAAAACAUCAAUGUAACAGUGAACGCACUAGUGGAACCCACGGUGGGACCCCCAUGCGAGUACGACGACGAGACGGUCACCUUCGUGGAGUUCCUGAACAAGUGGGUUACCUUCUGCCAGAGCAUCUUCUCGACGCUGAACUAAGGGCUUCCCAUUUCAAAUGGAUUAGGCUUUCUAUUUAUUUAAAUAUUUAAAGUUUUAUUUAUUUUUUGAUGUAUGGUUUGCUACCUUUUGUAAUUAUUGUUCCUAGUAUUCAGAUGGUAAAUAUGGAUCUUUUAAGAUUCUUUUUGUAAGCCCUAAGGGCUCUGAAAAUGUACGUAAAUUAUUUAUCCCAAAGUAUUUAUUGUUGAAUUGUUAAAUAUAAUGUACAUGUAGACCA